GGCUGCGCUGAGAGUAGUGAGUGCGCUCCAUGGGUAGUGCAGCGGCAGAGCGAGGGGGCCGCGGCGGCCCCGCUGCUGCCUGUGCUCGGCUGCCGCUCUUCGGGUUUCAUCUUUGGCUUGUCCAAUGGACCUGAAGCACUGCUGAGCGUUACCUGCAGGAACUCUAUAAGCACAUUGGCUGCUGGGAUGUUGCGGCAGAACGGUGGAAGCAACAAACGUGGUUUGGGAUUAGCCCGACUGUCUACCUCCAACUUCUUCACCAUCUCCAAUUCAGGAAACUGGGGAAUGGGGCGCAGCACCAAGAGCAGCUCUCUGAGCAGCAUCAGCUCCAACUCUGACUGCUAUGAUAAUCCUGUUGUGGAUCCAGAAUAUAUCACACAACUGGUGAAUGACGUCAGGAAGUUUGCAGAUGUGCUGCUGUAUUUGAAGGAAGCCAUUUGUUCGGAAGAGAACCAAGAUGGCCUGCACCAGGUAGUACAUGAACGCCUAGGGGAGUUGCUGCGUGUUUUAAAAGCAGUGAUAAAUAAAUACCAAAAUCUAAACUCAGUCGAUAUCCUUAGUGCUGCAGGAACAGUUAUUGCAAAAGUAAAAGCGGUGAACUUCAAAGAAGUUAACGAAGAGAACAAGAGGGAGCUCUUCAGUGAAAUAUUUUCUUCCAUUGAAACAUUGGCAUUCACCUUUGGAAACGUUAUUUCAGACUUCCUUAUGGGAGAUGUAGACAAUGGCUCAUCACUGGGACUUCCUGUAUCUCGGAGAAGUCGGUCUUUCGAGAAUCUUUCUGUGGAGUCUGGGGGUUCACUGCAUGAAAGGGAUGAUAUUCAAGAUGCUUUAUUUUCAGGGCAACUUCGAGCAGAGGAGGUUGAUAGCAUGCUCCUGAGAAAUGACAGCGGAAUCGAAUCGGCUCUGUCUUAUGCUAAAGCAUGGUCAAAAUAUACCAAGGAUGUAGUUGCAUGGGUAGAAAAAAAGCUGAGCUUGGAAGUGGAGUGUGCUAAAAACUUAGCAAAAAUGGCUGAAACUGCUAAAGCUGUUGUUGGACACCAGGAUUACAUGCCAUUCCAAUCAAUAUUCAUUACUGCUUUUCAAAAUGAUAUUGAGAACAAUCAGCUUUGGCAACAAACAGCUGCUGCUCUCCAGUCUAACAAAUUUGUGCAGCCUAUUCUUGGAAGGAAAAACGAGUUGGACAGACAAAGGAAAGAUAUCAAGGAGCUUUGGCAGAGAGAACAGAAAAAAAUGCAAGAGCUGGAAGCUGCUCUAAGGAAAGCAAAGUCUCUAUAUACACAGCGUCAAGAUGAGUAUGAAAAGGCCAAAUCCUGCACUGCUCGUGCUGAGGAGGAACAGCUUAGCUCAAGUGGAAGCUUUGUGAAAGAUUUCAGCAAGCAACUGGAAAAAAAACGAAGGCUGGAAGAGGAAGCUCUUCAAAAAGCUGAAGAGGCCAAUGAACACUAUAAAACAAGCAUGGCAGAGGUUGAAGAGAAAAGGAAUUAUUUGGAAAACUUUAAAAGUGAUGUCUUAACACAGCUUCGGGAGCUGAUUUACCAGUGUGAUCUGACUCUUAAAGCUGCAACGGUAAACCUGUUCCAGCUGCAGCACGCUCAGGUUGUAUCUCUUCCAGUUAACUGCCAGUCCCUCUGUGAAAGUGCCAAACUCUAUGACCCUGGUCAGCAGUAUUCAGAGUAUGUGAAGAGUUUGCCAAAGGAAGGUAUUCCUAUUGAACCAGGUUCUUUUGAAACCCAGAGUUCCCAGGUUGAUGGGGUUUUUAAUAAGCAAUCAAGCAACAGUGUCCAUACGUCCCAUGGUAACUUAUCUCAGUGUUCAGGAGACUUUCCUGCUCAGACAUUAGAUGAUGUGGGAAGCCCAAUUUACCAUCCUUCACAAAAGAUUGGAGAGAAGAGAUCUUCCAGCAGCACAGAUAUGCAAGCAAUACGAGGGCCACCACCAUUCAGAUCGUGGUCGGUUGGCAACCAGAGUGGAGGAAUGUGCAGUGACUCUGAAAGUGCAGGGGGAAGCAGCGAGUCACGAUCCAUGGAUUCUCCAUCUGCUAGCCCAGGGGAUUUUAAAAGACGACUUCCCCGAACACCUUCCACUGGUACUAUGUCAUCUGCAGAUGAUCUUGAUGAACGAGAGCCACCAUCUCCUUCAGACUGUGGUUUAAAUGAUAUGACAUCUGAAACUGCAAAUUCCCCAGGACCUUUUAGAAAUGCCAAUAUGUCCAAAGCAGCACAAACACACAAACUCCGGAAGCUGAGAGCUCCAUCUAAAUGCAGAGAAUGUGACAGCUUAGUGGUAUUUCAUGGAGCUGAAUGUGAGGAGUGUUCACUUGCAUGCCAUAAAAAGUGUUUAGAGACUUUAGCUAUUCAAUGUGGGCACAAAAAACUUCAUGGAAGGCUUCACUUGUUUGGUGUGGAAUUUGCCCAAGCUGCUAAAAACGUUCCUGAUGGCAUUCCUUUCAUCAUCAAAAAGUGUACCUCAGAAAUUGAAAGCAGAGCACUGAAUGUCAAGGGCAUUUAUCGUGUGAAUGGAGCCAAAUCAAGAGUUGAAAAGCUUUGUCAAGCUUUUGAAAAUGGCAAGGAUUUGGUCGAACUUUCAGAACUCUACGCGCAUGAUAUCAGCAAUGUGCUCAAGCUGUAUCUUCGCCAGCUUCCAGAACCCUUGAUUUUGUUUCGGCUUUACAAUGAGUUCAUUGGACUUGCAAAAGAAAGCCAGAACAUAAAUGAGGAACUGGAUGCUAAACAAGCUAGCCCCAGAUCAAAGAAAAGACAGUCCAUCUGUAUUGAAUUGAAUAGGAUCAUCAUUAAAAUUAAAGAUCUUCUGAAACAACUGCCUGUACCAAACUAUAACACUCUUCAGUACCUUAUUGGACACCUUCACAGGGUUACGGAACAGUGUGAUGAAAACAAAAUGUCAGCCAGCAACCUUGGCAUAAUAUUUGGCCCAACUCUGAUCAGACCACGUCAAACGGAUGCCACAGUUUCUUUGUCAUCACUUGUGGAUUACCCUUAUCAAGCCCGGGUAGUGGAGCUGCUCAUAACAUACUAUGAAAAGAUAUUUGAUGUUUCAUUGAAACCACUUCUGAACAUAUCUCAGCCUGAAGAAACUGCCCUUAUGGAAAGAGUUGCUUUAUCAGCAGAAGAGAGGGAGCUACAGCAGCAGAGGAAAUCGUUUGUUGCUGUAAAGGAAGGUAUUCUGAUCACUCCAAGUGAAAGCAGAGCUUCAGAAACAGCUGCAUUGUUUUGGGAAUUAAACAAUAGCAAGAAUAUAAAAGAACAAGUGGAUACAUCUGUAACUGGUGAUGCUGUGAGUCCAGCUUCAGAGAGAGACAGCGAUUCCUUUGUUUCUCUAGGUGAGGACAUCUCUAAAGCUAAUUUAUUUCCUGAAAAACGUACCCGUCAGAUUACCAAAGUUCCAUUGCGGGUUCCAAGGACAAAGCCAACUACUCGGCCUCUGAGCCUACCUGUAGAUCGAAUACUUCCUCCUUGUGUUUUGAAUGAGAGAAAUUCACAAAAUGCAGGAGCAGUAAGUCCAGAGAAGCUUGGCAGGAGCCCUACUAUUGAAGAAGUUUCAGAGGUGAAGGCAGUCCCUGCUGCUAGUACCUGCUGCAGGCUUCCUUGUUACGACACUCAGAUGCUGCGCAAAACUUGGGACAAGCAAUAUAAGCAGUAUGAUAUCACAGCAAGGACAGCAAUGAUUGUGACUAAUGUGCCCCAGGAGAACCGAGCACUUGAGAGAGGAACUGCAGGUGCUUUGUCUUCAUCAUGCAGCCCUGGUAACAAUUCAGCUAAUGCCAUUCUUAGUAAGCCAUAUUCUGUUUCAGCUGGGUCAGGAAAGACAGCAACAGAAGGAAAUAGUGCUGAUGCCAAUCCUCUUACUACCUUCAGGGCACCAAGAACAUUGCAGCCACCCCCAGGCACAUUUUAUAAACCACCCUCUAACAAAUCAAAACAAAAUGGAGAGGGUUCUUUUGCUACAGCUUGUGCACCAGCCAGUGCUAGCUCUGUGCUUCACCAAGAUAAUACUGUGAAACUGGCUAGGAGCUCUGCACUUCCAUCAGGUGAUCCUGAACAAAACACAAAUGAACAAGGAACUAACUCAGAAGAUACUCACCCCACAGAUCUGAAGCCUAUUUACCAGAGACUAAGACCAAAAAGGAUCCAAGAACUGGAACACAGGGAGGCUCAUUUUGUAUAAGGUGCAAAUUCUUCUUGGACUGGAUGCAAUUUGGUGUUGUCAGUGGAGGCUUCCCUAUGCCCCUUUAUCCUUUAUCUUCCCUUGAAAAUCCCACUUCUGUGCCAUAUUGGAGUUAUUUUUAUAUAUGCAGCAUUUUUAAAAGGGGGGGGGGGGGUUGGGGAAUUGUGAAGGAGUUAAGUCAAACUUUGUAAUUCAGUAGCUUUUCAUAAAGUUUAAUGCAUUCCCAGUCUUAAAUACAGAGAAUGGGCUCACUGAAUAAGGCAUUGAGCUUCAUUUCAUUUUUUUAUGAGCCAUUUUUCAUAAUAGAUGUUAUAAUAAAAAUGGAAGGUUUAAUAUUCAUUGUCUGAACAUAAACCAAAGCUUGUGCUUUGCUCUGUAAAAACAUUUGUUGAGUUUUCUAACCUGUGCAAUUAAAGCUUUGUGCCUGAACACUUACGUACUGGCCAGCAUUGCCCAUAAUGUAUCAUAUGUGUAUAUUUUAAGCAGAUAUGGUUAUCUGUUGCCAGUUUUCUAUGUUGUCACUUUAAUAUUUGGGGGUUUUUUUGUACAGAAGGAUGCACUUACUGAGCUUUACUAUUCAGAAGCAGCAAUCAGUCCACAUUUUUGUAUAGCUUAGCAAGUGGGGCAGAUAUGCACAGCCUGUUCUGUUAGGAUGCCCUUCUGGAGAAACUAUCAGUUGCAGUGGUGGCAUUUCUUUCCCAGGUGAAUGAAAAGGCAAUAAUACGCUUGCUAUAGAUCAGUUUCACUACUUACUAUGCAGUGUAACUGAAAUGAAGAGCAUUGUUUCAAAGCUUCAGUGAAAGAGCUGGAAAUAACCAAAAAUCUGCAUUAUUAGGUGCAUCUAAUGGUUUUCACUUUGUAUUAAAUGGGUUUUAUGUGUACACUGUUAUAUUUCCUUUAAAAUAUAUUAACUUGUUAACAUUUCA